AACAAUGUUAAGUAUCUCAAGGCCACAUUGGGGUACGCAAGAUAAAAACUCAGGUUCCCAGGCCCAGACAAACAUUACCACAGCAUCCCUGUUCCUACCAGACCGACUCGAGUCUCGUAUACCAUCGAUCUUUGACCGCAGACUUAGACCUGCUACUGCACCAGGAAGCAUGUCUUUUACGUGCAUUUUCAUGAUGACGCUUCUGGGAUCGGCAGUGGUGAUUGCCUUCGUCCUGCAACCAUCACAGGAAGAAAGUGACCGCUUUGUUAUCGCAGCUGGUUUUCAUCAAAGCUGCCAAAGUGUGUCCCUGCAGUCCAUAAAAAAGGAGCUCCUAAAGUCUCUGAAUCUACAGGCCGAGCCCCAGGUGCCAGUGGGCUUACUGGACAGUGUCCAGGAACAGUGGAAACAGGCCUUCAGUGCAUUGUCCAGUGAUGCUAUUGGGUCUGAAGCUGCAUCGAUUUCUGAUGGUGGAAACAUUAGUAACAGCCUGAAGUGCUGUUCCCUGACGUCUGAGAUCUUCAUGAAAGAUCUGGGCUGGAGCAACUGGGUGAUCUACCCCUCUAGUCUCACGGUUACCAAGUGUAAACUGUGCAUCAGAGAAGGGAACACAGUGCAGUGUCCAGCCCCUGUUCAUCCUCAGAAUGGACAGGUUCCGUGCUGCCGUCCUACCUCCCAUAAGUUGGUGCCCAUUGUCUACAUGAGUGAAUAUGGCAGUGUUGUCAUUUCCUCUGUGCAGCUGGCCCAAGGCUGCGACUGUGACAUUGGCAACAACCAGGAGCCCAUCAACAAGUGAAUCUUCAUGUAACUGCCUGUGGGAACAACAGCAAGAAUCGACUCAUCCAAUUAAUUCCAUGUUCCUCCCAAAAUAAAGAUCAUUAAAAAAC